AUGAUCCGCAACCUGGUCCUCGCACUGUGCCUGCUGGCGCCGAGCUUCGCAGCGCCGAGAGGGCGCCAGCUGUGGUCCAGGGGCGAAGGCCGGGUGAUUGGCGGCUCCAACGCCGACAUCUCCAACUACCCCUGGCAGCUGGCCUUCCAGUACGGCGGCUCCCAGAUAUGUGGCGCCUCCAUCAUCAGCGGCAACUGGGCGCUGACAGCGGCCCACUGCGUCGAAGGCAAGUCCGUCUCGCUGAUGAGCGUGCGAGGCGGCUCCACGUACAAGAACAGCGGCGGCACUGUGCUCAACGUCGCUUCCGGCUACAUGCACAAGCAGUACAACUCCGCGACGGUUGACUACGACAUAGCGGUGCUGCAGGUGUCUGGAUCCCUCUCGGGUACCAACAUGCGUACCGUGGGCCUGCCCUCUGACAACUACGACCCACCAGGCGGUCUCGCCGUCACUGCCACCGGCUGGGGCCAGACGUCCACCAGCGGCGGCGCCCCGAACAACCUGCUGAAGGUCGACAUGAGCAUCAUAGACCGCGCCACCUGCCAGAACAUCUUCGCCAACGUGAACACCGUCACGGCGCGCAUGGUGUGCGCAGGACAGGCCGGCAAGAGCGUCUGCAUGGGCGACUCUGGUGGCCCCCUGGUCAGUGGCAGCACGCAGGUCGGCAUCGUCUCCUGGACCGGCAGCUCUUGCGAGGCUACUGGAGCCGCAUACGCCAACGUCGGCAACCUUCGCUCCUGGAUUAGAGAUGCUACCGGUGUUUAA